AUGACACGCCGGGAAGUGGCAACCUCGCUGCACCGAUCGCUUGCCAGGUUCUUCGUGCAUGACUACCCAGAGAAAUUUCACUCGCUUGUCGCUGACAAGGCUAGCCAUCACAGAGCCCUGGGCUCUACGGACCUCGCGUGUGCCCUGCAGGCGUGCAGGGGGCGAGGCAACCGAUGGCCGCUCGUGCUGGAGAUCCACGCGACGUCAGUCGUGCAUGGGCUUGGGGCUGACCGCCUUAUAGGCAACCUGCUGAUUGAUUUGUACGCCAAGAAUGGGCUCGUGUGGCAGGCAAGGCAGGUGUUCAAGGAACUUUCUGCGAGGGACCAUGUCUCAUGGGUUGCCAUGCUGUCAGGGUAUGCACAGAAUGGUCUUGGAAAGGAAGCUUUCAGACUUUACAGCCAGAUGCAUUGGAGUGCUGUUGUUCCUACGCCGUAUGUUCUGUCUAGUGUGCUGAGUGCUUGCACUAAAGGAAAACUUUUUGCACAAGGUUGGAUGAUCCAUGCCCAAGUUUACAAGCAAGCAUUCUGUUCGGAGACCUUUGUGGGCAAUGCACUUAUUGCGCUUUACUUAGGAUACGGAUCCUUUAAGCUAGCAGAAAGGGUAUUUUGUGACAUGCUGUUCUGUGAUAGAGUGACGUUCAAUACAUUGAUCUCAGGACAUGCUCAAUGUGGAUAUGGUGAGCGUGCUUUGCAGAUUUUUGAUGAGAUGCAGUUGUCAGGGCUCAGGCCUGAUUGUGUGACAGUUGCUAGUUUGCUUGCAGCCUGUGCCUCUGUGGGAGAUCUUCAAAAGGGGAAGCAGCUCCAUUCGUAUUUACUGAAGGCAGGUAUGUCUUUUGAUUACAUAACGGAAGGCUCACUCCUUGAUCUGUAUGUGAAAUGUGGUGACAUUGAAACAGCACAUGAUAUCUUCAAUUUGGGUGAUAGGACAAACGUGGUGCUAUGGAAUUUAAUGCUUGUGGCAUAUGGGCAGAUUAGUGAUCUAGCAAAAUCCUUUGAAAUCUUUUGUCAGAUGCAAGCUACAGGUAUACGCCCCAACCAAUUCACCUACCCGUGCAUUUUGAGGACUUGCAUUUGCAGUGGGCAAAUUGAACUUGGAGAGCAGAUUCAUUCAUUAAGCAUAAAAAAUGGAUUCGAAUCUGAUAUGUAUGUUAGUGGUGUCUUGAUAGAUAUGUAUUCUAAAUAUGGCUAUCUUGAUAAAGCUCGAAAAAUUCUUGAAAUGCUUGAUAAAAAAGAUGUGGUUUCUUGGACCUCAAUGAUUGCUGGAUAUGUGCAGCAUGACUUUUGUGAAGAGGCUCUUGCAACAUUCAAAGAAAUGCAGGACUAUGGAGUUUGGCCAGAUAACAUAGGACUGGCUAGUGCUUCAAGUGCCUGUGCUGGAAUCAAAGCAAUGCGCCAGGGCCUGCAGAUUCAUGCUCGGGUUUAUGUCUCUGGUUAUGCAGCUGAUAUUUCAAUUUGGAACACGUUGGUAAACCUGUAUGCAAGAUGUGGAAGCAGUGAAGAAGCUUUCUCUUUGUUUCGGGCAAUUGAACACAAGGAUGAGAUCUCAUGGAAUGGAUUGAUAUCUGGUUUUGGGCAAAGUCGUCUUUAUGAACAAGCUCUCAUGGUAUUCAUGCAGAUGGGUCAAGCAGGUGCCAAGUACAAUGUGUUCACAUUUGUUUCCUCUAUUAGCGCUUUAGCUAACCUUGCAGAUAUAAAACAAGGAAAACAAGUACAUGGUAGAGCUGUUAAGACAGGACACACCUCUGAAACUGAAGUUGCCAAUGCUUUGAUUUCACUAUAUGGAAAGUGUGGCAGUAUUGAAGAUGCCAAGAUGAUCUUUUCUGAAAUGUCACUGAGGAAUGAGGUUUCAUGGAAUACUAUCAUAACAAGUUGUUCACAGCAUGGACGUGGAGUAGAAGCUUUGGAUUUAUUUGAUCAGAUGAAGCAAGAAGGUCUGAAACCAAAUGAUGUCACCUUCAUAGGUGUGUUAGCUGCUUGCAGUCAUGUGGGUUUGGUUGAGGAAGGCCUUAGUUACUUCAAAUCCAUGUCUAAUGUCUAUGGACUUAAUCCAACACCUGACCAUUUUGCUUGUGUUGUGGAUAUUCUUGGACGAGCAGGUCAACUUGAUCGUGCAAGGAGAUUUGUUGAUGAAAUGCCUAUCACUGCUGAUGCAAUGGUUUGGCGAACACUUCUCAGUGCCUGUAAAGUACACAAGAACAUAGAAAUUGGGGAGAUUGCAGCCAAACAUCUCCUGGACUUAGAGCCCCAUGAUUCAGCAUCAUAUGUCCUCCUAUCAAAUGCAUAUGCUGUUACUGGCAAGUGGGCCAACCGGGAUCAGGUCAGAAAGAUGAUGAAAAACAGAGGAAUUAGAAAAGAACCAGGUCAAAGCUGGAUUGAAGUAAAGAAUGCAGUUCAUGCGUUCUUUGUUGGUGAUCGGCUGCACCCCUUAUCUGAUCAGAUAUACAAGUUUUUGUUUGAGCUAAAUGAUAGGUUAGCCAAAAUAGGAUACAAGCAAGAGAAGCCUAAUCUGUUUCAUGAAAAAGAGCAAGAGCAGAAAGACCCUACUGCUUUUGUCCAUAGUGAGAAGUUAGCUGUUGCAUUUGGGUUAAUGACUUUGCCUCCUUGUAUUCCUCUUCGAGUGAUUAAGAACCUUCGUGUGUGUGAUGACUGCCACAGUUGGAUGAAAUUUACCUCUGAAGUCACAAGAAGAGAAAUUGUAUUAAGAGAUGUGUACAGAUUUCACCAUUUUAACAGUGGCAGCUGUUCAUGUGGAGAUUACUGGUGA